AUGAAGGUGUUCAUCGUUGCCGCCGUGCUGGCCGUGGCCGCCGCCGAUUCUCCGGCUCCGUACCACCCGACUCCGGCUCCGUACCACCCGGCUCCGGCCUACAAGCCGGCUCCCCACCACCCGCAGACCCAGUACAAGGAGGAGGCCAUGCCGUUCGCCUUCGACUACGCCGUCAACGACCACUACACCGGCACCAACUUCGCCCGCAACGAGCAGAGCGACGGUCACAACGUGCAGGGCUACUACUCGGUGGUUCUGCCCGACGGCCGUACCCAGCACGUCAAGUACACGGCUGACCACUACGGUGGAUACAACGCCGAGGUCACCUACGACGGAGAGGCCGCCUACCCCGAGCAGCACUCUGCCUACAAGCCGGCCCCCUACAAGCCGGCCCCCUACCACCCGGCCCCUGCCUACAAGCCCGCCCCCUACCACCCGGCCCCUGCUUACAAGCCGGCCCCUGCCUACAAGCCGGCCCCCUACCACCCGGCCCCUGCGUACAAGCCGGCUCCUGCCUACAAGCCCGCCCCUACCUACAAGCCAGCCCCCACCUACAAGCCUGCUCAGGCCUACGGUGACGAGCAUUAAGAACACUGGUUUUCGCUUGCGACAUUGUACCUGACUACGGUAAUGUGGGUGGCUGUGCAGUGCGUGUGUGUGGCUAAAUACCCCGUGUUAUUUAAAAAGAAUGUAUGCUGAAUAAAUGUGAAUGGC